UCAUCUAGCAAUACUGGAUCAUGAGUGUUUUAAAUGGUUCUAAUUUUUCUCCACGACUUUCUGGAAUCCUGCGCGAUGGAGCGUGACGCGGCACGCGGCGAUGGGAGCUUCCUCGCGCUCUGAGGACCGAGGAUGUGCAUGUAGCGGUGGACGGACUGGGGCCAGUCAUGGAGUCUGAGGCAAACUGCAGCUCCCACUGUGAUCCCCCACUUUGCUUCAUCCAGUCUGGGUUCAGCAGGCAGGAGGGAACUGACAUUCUGCAGAAGUUAUGCAGACUCAACACGCUUGAGCAGAGGAGACAGUGUAGAGGAAAACAAGGUCGACUCUCUGUCUGCAAUAACACAAAGAAUGAAGAAAUGGCCACUGCUGCUGGCAUUCUGUCCAAGGAGCAGCUUCUUUGCCCCAUCUGUCUGGAUGUUUUCAACCAGCCCGUCUCCACUCCAUGUGGGCACAACUUCUGCCGGGGAUGUAUACAGAGAUACUGGCAAAUUGCUAAUCUGCCGCAGUGCCCUGUCUGUAAGCACAGGUUCUUUAAGAGACCCGACCUCAAGGUUAACACCUUUAUAUCAGAGGUGGCCUCUCAGUUCAUGGAGAUUGGGGAAAAGCAACUCCAAGCGGAAACCAGCAGUGCGUGCCAGCCUUCAGGCCAUAGAGGAGACAUCUCAUGUGAUGUUUGCGUUGGAAAAAAAGUGAAAGCUUUGAAAUCCUGCCUGGAUUGUUUGGCCUCAUUCUGCGAGACUCACCUGGAGCCUCAUCACGUCGUAGGAGCCCUCAAGAAGCACAGGCUGAUAAACCCCAUGCUGAACAUGCAGGAGAGAAUCUGCAAGAAGCACGAGAGCCUGCUGGACCUGUUCUGUCUCACCGAUCAGAUGUACGUCUGCCAGGUCUGCAUGAAGAGCGACCACAAGGAUCAUCUCACCGCUCACAUAGAGGAUAAAAGCAGAGACGUCAGAGUUCAGAUCGGAAGGAUCAGUGUCGAGGUGCAAAAACUGACACAGCAAAGGCUGCAGAAAAUCAGCGAGCUCAGUCAAGCUGUUCAGCUCAGCGAGAGAAAGAGCGAAGGAGAGGUAGAGGAGAGCCUGCAUGUCUUCAACAAACUGCUUCAGUUGGUCCAGCGGGGUCAAACCGAAGUGACUUCUGCGAUAAAAGCUAAGCAGAGGCAAGUAGAAAUCACGGCCGGCGGGAUUAAAAUGCAGCUGGAGCAGGAGGUCAGUCAGCUGACGUGCAGAAGCUCUGAACUGGAGCUGCUCAAACACACCGAGGACGAUCUCUACCUCCUGAAGAACCACCAAGCUUUGUGCACAAUGCCGGCCAUCAGAGAGUGGCCCGACACCCUGGUCCAAAGCGCUGAAUAUGUGGGCCCGGUGAGGAGGGCGGUCCGAAGAGCGGCGUCUCAGGUGGAGGAGACUGUGAAAACGGAAGUGAGGAGGCUUUGCGAGGCCGAAUUUAAGCGCGCUCGAAGGUACGCCGUGGACGUGACCCUGGACCCCGACACGGCCCAUCCCAAACUGGCGCUGUCCGCAGACAGGAGACAGGUCCAUCACCGCGAUGUGGCGCUGAGCCUCCCCGACAACCCGGAGAGAUUUUACCCCUGCGUUAGUGUUUUGGGGAAGGAGGGUUUCUCCUCCGGCAGGUUCUACUUUGAGGUCCAGGUGAAAGGGAAAACAGAGUGGGACAUUGGAGUCGGGCUUGAGUCGGUCAACAGAAAAGGAGGGAAUUUGCUGAGUCCUGAAAGAGGCUUCUGGACCCUGGCGCUGAGAGAGGACGGGAGAUACUGGGCACUCAGCAGCCCCCCCGUCUGUGUGCCGCUGGUGGAGAAACCCCAGAGAGUGGGAGUAUAUGUGGAUGUGGGGUGGGGGCAGGUUUCCUUUUACAACGCAGACUCACAUUCUCACAUCUACACAUUCACAGAGUACACAUUCAGCGAAAGGCUUUUCCCCUACUUCAACCCUCGAAGAAAUCAUGGAGGGGUCAACUCGGCCCCUCUCGUCAUCUUACCUGGGAAUUUGGCAGUGGAGCUCCCCAAGCAUUCCCUCUCCCCAGUGCUAAGUGUUGUGGUGUGGACUCUGCUGUCCUGCGGCAUCCUGCUGGCCUUCUGCUUUCUUUUCUUCACCCUGCGCUUCAAAAACAACAGGAUAGUGAAGAUGUCCAGCCCCAACCUGAACGUUCUUACUCUCCUCGGAAGUGUCCUCGCUUACAUCAGCGGCUUCCUGUUUGCCUUCAGUGACAGAGCUCUCUCCCAGGGGGGAGCCUCCACAGCCGUGCUGCAGGCUCGUAUGUGGACGCUUUGCCUGGGAAGUACCCUGGUGUUUGGUCCAAUAUUGGCAAAGACGUGGAGGCUUUACCGAGUGUUCACCCAGCGAGUGCCCGACAAGAGAGUGAUCAUCCGGGACAUCCAGCUGAUUGGGAUGGUGGCUCUGCUGGUGCUGGCGGACAUACUGGUUCUCACAGCCUGGAACCUGGCAGACCCUGUCAAGUGUUCGCGAUCGGUGGGAGCUGUUGUCCAGUUGAUGGAGAGAGACACGUCUUUCUCAUUGUCGCAGAAGGACUCUUGUUCUUCUGUGUACUCAAAUAUGUGGAUUAUCGUCAUUGCUGUCCAAAAAGGUUGCCUUCUUCUUUAUGGCACUUAUCUGGCCGGACUGACCAGCAGCGUCAGCCAUCCCCCCGUUAACCAGUCUCCCACCAUCCUAACAGCUGUCUCUCUGGUCACCUUUUCCUCUGUUGUGGCGGUCCCGGUGUCCAUCUUUCUGCAGUCCUGGCCCAACCUGGUCUACGGCAUUGUGGCUGGAGCCAUAUUUAUCUGCACGCUGGCCACUGACUGUGUGCUGUUCGUACCUCAGCUGACCCAGUGGCGGCAGUUCGAGGAGGAUCAGAACAACCCGAGUCAGAUGGCCAAGUAUUUCAGCAGCCCCAGCAAGAGCCAGCCGUCUGUGUACAGCCAGGACGAGAUCUACUACCUGCUGGGGGAGAACAGCUCCAUGAAGAAACUCCUGAGUGAGAAGAAUGCUGUGAUUGACAGCCUUCAGGAGCAGGUAACCAAUGCCAAGGACAAACUUCUGAGACUCAUGACCGCAAGCCAGCCCCUGGAGGAUCAGGAUGUGGGCUCAUCUGCCACAAACCUCAACACUUCCUCCUCUCAGACCACUGAGCUUCAGUCUGAGGGCCCCUCUUCCUCCUCUCUGACUCAGAAAGACAUCAAAUUCAGUCCCUCAUCCCCUCUUCGCUCUCAUAGCCUCACCCCUGUGUCUCUUUCAUCAAAUGCCAUUGCACAUUCCUCUGAGCCUUCCUCCGUUCCAAACUCUUUGGCUGCCCAUCCCAUCUGUGAGGAUAUUUAUGUGAAUGAAACCCAGAGAUCUGUUCCUAAGACUGGCCCCACAGGCACCGACGCUACCGAUCCCAGAGUAGCGGAGGGUGUCAAUCAGCCUGAGCCCUUUAAAUUUCCGGGGAGGACAGCAGAGGAGACGGUUCGCUUUGUCACCUCUCUACAAGCCCAGAAAGGAGUAAAGCCCCCUCAGGUUGAAAUCUUUGACAGCCACAGUGUCAGAAUGUUUCAAAUGGGACCCAAUUCCAGACCAGCUGGCUUUGUGAGCAGUGAACAGUUGCAGGAGAUCCUCCAGGAGCUGAGUGUGGAUGCCGUCACCGAGACGGCGCUCCGGUCACCCGGUCAGACGUCCAGGACACCCUCUCUGCUUAAACUGAGCACGCUGUCCCCUCUGUCCCUGCAGUCCUCCUGCUCCCCUCACCCUCCAGUGCUCUUUCGCUACCCCAGCAUCUCCCCCUACACCAUGAGGAAACGACGGCCCCCCUUUCACUCCAGCAGGAGGGCCUUGGCCCCUCCCUGCUUCUACUCAGGAUCCGGUGCUUCUAAAUGCAGGAAGACAAGAGGCAGCCGUAAGCAACAAAAUCCAGAGACCAUCUCUGUGGAUGAGAUUCCAUCCCAUGAACCCAACAACGGCAGCGAGGCAGAGAAUGAGGAGGAGCAGGAGGAAGAUGCAGACGGGCAGGAGAUAGAGAGAAAAUGUCAGAGAUGUAUUUCAAGGUCCCACAAAAGCCCAGCUCCACAUGACAUGGAGGAGGGAGGUGAGAGCGAGCAGCACCAUCAACACGUUAGAGACUCCAGCGGUUACUGGGACUCGGACUCUAGCAGCUCUGCAGAUUAUUGCUACUACCACCGCCCUUACUGUGACUCCUGCCUGCAGCGAGGCUCACUCCUGUGCUCGGACAGCUCCUCGGACUCCUCCGACAGCGAAUAUGACGGCUUCACGGGCCUCUACCGGGCCUCGCGCCCCGUGGUGUUCAAAGACGACCUCAAACCCACAUUUGUAUGAACACAUGCACUUUAAUGUUUUAGCCCAUUUUGAACCUCGCCUAGAACGCACAGAGAUCGUUGUUUCUGAGGCUGAAAUGCCUUCAUAAUGAGAGUUUAUUUGACUGCUUUCCUCCUUCUAAAUGAAGAUAAUGAUUUUGUUUUUGAAUCUUGCAUUAUGGGAGAGAGAGAGCUCUUCUUUCUUUUAAUAAAAACUGUAGAAGAGUGAAAACUUUUAGCUGAAGGGCUCAAAAUGCUCAGUAAAUUUGUGAGAUCACUCAUGGCAUUAUUUGUGAAUUACCAUUAGAUGACAGAUUCUUUACUUUUCUCAAAGGGUUUUAAUUUAUCAACUUGAAUUUAUUUCCAUGUAAUGACUGUCAACGCAAAAGCAACUGGAAGAAAUUUGGAAAGGAAAUCUCUUUAAGCUAUUGUG